UGACGUCAUGAAGGCAUGGCUCAGGAAUCCAACGCAAAAAUCCUGCUCGACUUGAUCUACGAUCACUCACACACUUACGGAGCUAGAAAAGGGCUUGAAUCUGCUCAAUGUCACGUCCGAGUAUUUUACCCGAUGAGAAGGUCUUUCUUGACUUCAAGAGUCAGUGCAUGGCAACAGACAACUGGCUGAAUAAGUAUGAUAAUAAUGACAUGCAAGUGUGGGUGGAACGCACUCCUGCAAGUAAAGGAAACAACGUUCCCAAGGUCCACAAGAUCAAGUGUAAAAUGGUCAUCAGAGACGUGUCAGCUGCUGCCAUGUACGACGUCCUUCACGACGGCCAGUACCGUAAGAAGUGGGACCCCACCAUGGGGGAGAGCUUUGACAUCGCCCGUCUCUCUGCUAAUGCUGAUGUGGGCUACUAUUCAUGGAUUUGCCCAAAGACGAUCAAGAACAGGGAUGUGGUGACACUGCGUUCGUGGCAGGUGACGGACGACGAGUACAUUAUUGUCAACUUCUCAGUCAAGCACCCGAAAUACCCUCCUACCCGGGACCUUGUCAGGGCCAUUUCCAUCCUCACUGGCUAUUACAUCAAAUCCACAGGGCCAAAUAGCUGUUUAUUCAUAUACCUGUCACAAGCCGACCCCAAAGGUUCCCUUCCAAAGUGGCUAGUAAACAAAGCGUCUCAAGUUCUGGCUCCUCGGGUGAUGAAGUGUGUACACAAGGCGGGACAGAACUACCCAGAGUGGAAAAAGCACAACUCUCCCGACCAGAAGCCCUGGCUGUACCCGGAGCAGAACACCCUGCCCAUGAUGGACCCCGCCGAGCUGUCCAUGCAGAGGGCGGACUCGCUGGAGAACGUGGACGAGAGUUCCAAGUUGGACGUUGCGGACAGCGAGGACAGUAGUUGAAUCACAGCCGACAGGGAAAGUGGGCGAAGAAGGAGAGGAAUAUUCAUAUCCUCGCAAACACAAUGAGACUCGAGACCUCCUGCUCCUGUGAUAUCACCCUAUCCACCCCCCAAGAGUGAGCAAUGAGCGUAAGAGUAUGACGUGUUUACAGCCGUCCUAACAGAAGGAAAUAAGGACAGAUCAAGUUGCCAUUCACCUCAGUUUAUGCUGAACUAAGCUAAAUAUGUCCAGUGUUCCCCAUGGUGUCAUUUUUUUUAUUUUUGCAACAGGUGUUACAGGUGUUGGGGGUUUGAAUAUUGGCGUAGUUUCAGCUCUUCAUUUACUAUGGCUUCUCUGUCACGCCUCGUUUAUUUUUAUUUGUUUUCAGCCAUGUGACGUGUGUACACAUUAGGGAAGUAAUUGUCAUCGCCGAUUACGAUGAGGUGGUGUUUUGUGGUGAAAGUAGAAUGAAAUUGACUUGUAUGGUAAUUCUCACCAUAAUCACACGUUAAACUAUUUAAUCUAAACCUUAUUUAUUAGACUUCAGCUCCAAAUGAUUUGACCACACCUAAAAUGGAUACUUUUAUUUAGUUUAAUCACGUUAAUAAUGCGGUUUUAAAACGGGUUUCAUGAUAAUUGCAUGUAACACUGUGGCAGACACUUCUGGGCACUGACCUUUUUUUUCUUAAAGCUUAAUCUAAGACCAAAGACACUUUAAGGUUUGCUCCUGAUGAUAUAUAUUUUAUUUUUUUUUUAAUGGUAAUUUUAUUUCUAAAAACAUUCAUUGUGCUUCGUCAUGAUGAGUGAGUAGUUACGCUCUUCCACUUUGUAACACAUGAAGACUGUUUGAAGGUUUAUGAUGACGUGCAAUCAAAGUGUAUCCACUGUAAUUCUUACAUAAAUUAUACUGUAGACUCGCAUUGACGUUCAAUGACCAGCUGUUGCUCUGAUGAGAAUCUAGUAGGAACAUGUCAAAUGUGCAUAUAGCACGUUUUCGCCGAAUACCAUUUUACCUGCCAGAUUGGAAGGACCAUACAGGGAAAUCUUGUUGUUUUAUUUAUUUAUUUUUCAGAUUUUUACUGUAACCUCAGAUGAAGGCGUGUUGGAAAUGAAGCUGUGCUGGCUGAGA